AUCGGACUUUGUCAUAAACCAUAAUAAACUUUCAAACACAACCUUUUUUUCCUCAAAAAUACAACAAAUAAAAUCUGAAAUUUUUUUUACUAUAUGCUCCUACUACUAUUAAUAUACACAAAAAAGGUGGAAUUUUCUUAAUUUUUGUGUUGAUUUUUCCAAGAGAAAAAAGUGAUUCAAACACGUAACCAAGAAAAAAUGUUACGUUCAAAAUCAAGAUCUGGGGCCAUUGAUUUUGGACAAAAAAGUAAUUCUUCAAGAUUUUCAAGAACAUUUUCUGCAUCAAAGCUAUGUAGAGGUGAUGUUUUGGGAUGUCAAAUUGAUUCAAACGCAGUUGUUUCAAGGAAAAAACCAUCCAAGGUUGACAAUUUAUUUGAGGAUCAAGUGAAUAGUAGAAUUUUGGUUAUGAAAGAGCAAAUGGGACAUGUUGAAGAGGAGUUAAGGGAGACUAAAGAGCAAUUAGAUUUUGUUGAAGGUGAAAAAAAUAGAGCAAUUCUUGAAAUUAGAGAAAUGAAAAAGUUAGCUAAUGAGGCUAACAUGAAGCUAAAUGAAGGAUUAUCACCUAAAAAAGCAGGUGAACUUAUAGCAGAACUCAAAGUUUUGAGGGAAUUUCAUGCUAAAACACAAGAAGAUAUGAAGGUUAAAGACAAGAAUAUCGAGUCGUUGAAGAUGGAACUCGAAAGGGUGAAGAAAUAUGAGGUUAAGUUAGAGGAAAAAGAUGUCGCGUUGGGUGGUUUGAGAGAGGAGAUGGAUCGCGUUAAAGCAUCUGAGGUUAAAGCGGUAGAAGAAUUGUUUGUUCUGAAGAAAAAAGUUGAAGAGUUGGAGGUCGAGUUGGAGAGUAGGAAGUUGUCUGAGUCGAAGAUGUAUGAUUCGUUUGAGUCACAAACGAAGCAGUUUGAACGUGUUAAGAUUGAACUUGAAGAGGCUAAGGUCGAGAUGGCUUCACUUCACGAGAAGGUUGAGUCUUCAUCGAGGAGAAAUAGUGGGCGUUGGAAUGGUUAUAGCAAUGGUGAGAUAGCGAAUUCUGUGAAGAAGGAACUUGAAAGUCUCAACUCCGAGCUUGCAUUGGUGAAGGAGGAUGUGGCUAAUGCGCAAGAGAGGGAGAAAAUUGCCUUGUCGAAGGCUAAGAAUUUGAACGAUGAGAUAAGCUCGCUGAAAAAUGAAGUUAAGUUUGCUAGCGAAGCAGAAGAGAAAAGCAGAAAGGCGAUGGAUGAUUUAGCAUUAGCGUUGAAGGAAGUUGCUACUGAGGCUUCCGAGGCUAAGGAGAAACUUGGUGCUACGGAAUUAGAGUUAGAACAAGUGAAAGAGGAAGAAGGGAAACUGAAAGAGAUGAUAAGAAGCACCGAGGCUAGGUAUCAAAAGCUCUUGGAUGAAGCGAAAAAGGAAGCAGAUCUAUACAGAAAUACAACAGAGAGAUUGAGAUUAGAGAACGAGGAGUCACUUUUGGCGUGGAAUGGAAAAGAAAUGGGGUUCAUCAGUUGUAUAAAAAGAGCUGACGAAGAAAGAGCCUUGGCUCAGCGUGAGACUGAAAGGCUCACGGAGUCACUUAAAGCAGCCGAGGCUACAUCUGAAGCAGCUAAUGAAGAAAAGUUCAAGUUGAGAGACAUAUUGAAACAAGCUAUUAAUGAAGCCAAUGCAGCAAAAGCUGCAGCUGGCUUAGCUAGAGAUGAAAAUUCUCAACUCAAAGAUCGCCUGACCGAGAAGGAAGAAGCCUUGCAUUUCAUCACUAAAGACAACGAACGCCUUAGGACCAACGGGCCAGCAGCUUCUCAUGACAAUGUCAAGGUACCUAGUGAAAUGGUCGAGGAUCAUGAAGGACACCAUAAAGCCAAGACAACUUUCAAAAUCGAUCUUACUGAGCUGAAAAUUGAAAAACCUGAGGAUUUUCAAGACGAGACACUUAAGGGAUCGAUAUUUGAUCCAACAUCAGUCACACCAAAGUCUCAGCCUCGUACACCACGUAACUUAUCUCAAUGUAGAAGAGCAUCUGCACCGGACUUAGCAGACGAGGCAGGAAAACCAAAUGCAAAUCCGGAUUAUAACCAUCUCGAUGAUUCAGAUAGCGAUAGGAAUCUUAGCAGUAGGAGAAAAGCUUUGUUUCGAAAAGUUGGUGACCUAAUAAUGAAGAAAAGUUUCCAUGUUUAAGAGAGAACCAUUUUCUGAAUAGCAGGAACCUUUUGUAAUAUAAGUACAGCUUGAAUAGUACAGUUAUUGAACAAUCUUACGAUGCUAUAAAAAUGUGAUUGCAUUUUAUA